CAGACAAGCAGUCGCUGCAGUCGCUUGGGUUGGGUCGCCCAGUCGCAGCAGCCAGUCGCCACCCCACCCCCGUCAUCGCCACGCCCGGUCCCGGUGCCCGUUGCCCGUUCAGUCAUUCAGUCCCAGUCUCCUCCUCAGUGCAGCGCGAGCAGUGCGAGUGGCAACGUGAGCGAGUGUCGGUGCUUCGCGGCUUGGUGGUGCUUCGUGACAAGACCGGCGAGUCGGUGUGCGGCACUCCGCCAGCCUUGCCUUCCUGACUGCAGUUGUCUUCCUCGACACCCGCCACAACCAUGAGUUGCUGCCGUGUGCUGUUCGGGCUGACCCUGGUGAUAAGGACGGCCUUUCACUUGCUGAUCGCUGGCUACGCGGCCAUGGACCUCAAGGACAUCUACGACCAGACCUCCGGCACCUUCAAGCAGCUCGCGCUCAAGCUGACUCGCGCCAACGAAGUGGUCAUCGAGUUUGAGUUCCCGCUCGGAUUUUACGUCUUCUGUGGAGUGGCCCUUUUCGUGCUGUCCUGCGUCUACCCUUGGAAGGGCUCGAGCCGCAGCAGCUUGACGGUGUACGCCAUCCUGCACGCUCUGUACGUGGGCAUCGUCAUCUACGUGGUGUUCAUCCGCACCAUCAUCGACUUGUCCUUCCUGCGCGACGCGUACCGAGUCAUGGCGACGCCCGGCCUGUUUCCUGCCAGCUUGGCGCUUGACGUGCUGACCUUCAUUGCUGCCGUGGCCACGUCCGGGAAGGGCGACAGCGUGGGCUCCUACGCCAGCAUCUUCCCCUUGCACCGGGUGAUGGUUCUUUCUCCCUCUUCGCCUCGCGUGGUGGCGUCUGUGUCGACUCUGCCACCGUACACCCAGUUCCAAAAUGAGAGUGCCCCGCGAGUAUGUUCCUCGGUUUUAGCAGCAGAAUAUGGCUUAAGGUGGAGUGACGCUGCGAUGAACUGACACGCGGUGUUACCGAGAAUACCUCCUUGACUUGGGGCAGCCUUUUGGACGACGCUGCUGAUUGCCUCCUCUCUAUCCUCCAGAAGACUCACACUGAAGAACACGUCUUGCUCUAAUGGGCACUGAAGCUAGUCUGUUUUUAUUCGAUUGAUUUAGAUUGACAAGGGCGAAAAGCUUUUGACAGUAAUUUGGACGUUAUUCAUGUGACUAGUCGGAAAACUGGUGGCUCGUUUAAUUUUGAGUGCCUUUUCUGGGUGUUAUUAUUGACUUUAUCAUUUUUGUGAGACGUUAAUUUAGUUACGCUAGUUAUAAGCUCAGAAGCAGAUUCCAUUGUUCUAUGAAUUGUUUAACUCCAGAGUUGAAGUAACUUUUUGCUUUCUCUGUAGGUUAGGAACUGCUUGUUUUGCAUCAGCUUUUUUUCUUUUCAUAAAAUAAAAUUAAGUAAACUUUUUCAUAAUU